GUCUAAGAAGAGGGUGACUACUAGACAGGUUGGAUCGUGCAAGGCAUGAGUCUUGCAAUAUGGUCCUGCGACAGAACAAAAGGUGGUGAUGAUGGGCUAUAUCCAAAAGCAACGUGCCCAUAAGUAUCCACCACAAAUUCAGAUUCUGAGGGAGAUAAAAAUCUACAAUGCCCUGGCCCAGUCGUUUUCCCGCAAAUAGAUCUUCAAACCAAACAGAGUCGUCAGAGGCAGAGGAAGUAUUGCUAAUUACUCAAACAUCGAUUUACAAACAACAAAAAGACUUGAAAUCUAAGAACCCAAAAGCUGAUUCUGCUAGAAGCUUUGACUAAAAUGGCUUCUUUCACUUCAAUUACCUCGUGCCCGUCUUCAUCUUCUUUACAUAAAAAUUUCCAACACUCGCCACAGAUGUUUCCUUCGAAGCAUUCUCAACAAAAUCAUAAUUCCUCAUGGUUGAUGCUUGGAUCGUUUAGAUCAACAAAGCAAAGAUUGACACCAAGAAGCGCCCCUCAGGGCCUGAAAAUCCAGAGUGCAGCAACGAAACAGGAAAAAAGACCAGCUGAAGAAGACUGGAAGAUUAAGAGGGAACUCUUGCUACAGAAAAGGGUAAGGAGUGUAGACGCGAAGGAAGCUCUACGACUUCAGACGGAAAACAACUUUGUUAUUCUUGAUGUACGACCUGAAGCAGAAUAUAAAGAGGCUCAUCUGCCCGGUGCCAUCAAUGUACAAAUAUAUAGGCUUAUAAAGGAAUGGACAGCAUGGGACAUAGCCCGCCGUGCUGCCUUUGCAUUUUUUGGCAUCUUUGCUGGCACAGAAGAGAACCCUGAGUUUAUACAAACUGUGGAAUCAAAAAUAAGUAAAGAUGCAAAGAUUAUAGUGGCUUGUGCAACUGGGGGUACAAUGAAACCAACACAAAAUCUCCCAGAAGGUCAACAAUCAAGAUCGCUGAUAGCGGCAUACUUGCUGGUUCUCAACGGGUAUACCAAUGUAUUCCACUUGGAAGGAGGCCUUUACACAUGGUUUAAAGAAGGAUUACCAUCCAUAACUGAAGAAGGAGAGUGAAAAGUUUGGUUUUGUGCAUGGUUUUGUCCCUAACAAGAUUCUAAGAAAUUUAUCAUGACUAACACAAACCAUGAAGCCUCAUGUGAAUCUCGUAAUUAAACUAGAUCUUGCUACUGAAAACGGAUGUACAAAUAGUAUUAAGAUUUUUUGCAGAAUCAGAAAGUAAGUAUUUUCAGUCAAUAAUCAGAAGCUAUUU